CGGCAGGGGACGGCCGGGGACAUGCCUUGCUGAUGGACGGUGUGAUUUGCCGCGCGAGAAACUAUAGCCCUGUGGAAGAUUGAACUUCUGUGAUGCGGCCAGCCACAUGUCCUGGGUGGCCUUCGACGGCAAGGUCUGAUCGUUGAGGUAUUCAUGGCUCUCACUGCUCUCUCUCUCCUCCACGUCCACCAUCGAUGAUCAUCCGUCUCUGACAGCUGUCGGGUUGUCAAUCCCUCUGCCGACUCGCAGAUCUCGAGUCCACUCGCCGUCGUCCCCACUCUGCCCCGCGAUGAAGCUCGGCCAUCUGCCCGCGGGAGUGCCCUUCCGUCUCUACUCGCUGUGUGCAUUUUUUGGUCUGGGCUCUUUCUUAUGGGGCUACAACAUUGGCAUCAUCACCAGCAUCUAUGUCUCCCCUGGCUGGAUCGUCUCCCUCCACCACCCCUCCUCCUCCCACAAGGGCCUCAUCACCGCAAUCUACUAUCUGGGAACAUGGACCUCGUAUAUCUUCAUCUCUGGCGCGGCGAGCGAUCGUAUUGGGAGGAGGUAUACGGCUCUUGUAGGGACCGUCCUCACCUGCGUGGGCGCCGCCGUACAGACCGGCGCGCGGGGCCAUACUGCCUUCGCCAUGAUGAUCAUCGGGAGGAUCAUCUGCGGUUUUGGGAAUGCCAUGAUCUCUUCUGCGGUCCCUCUAUACCUGAGUGAAAUUGCUCCGGCGGGUAAGAGAGGAUCACUGGUUGUGAUCAACCAUAUUGGCAUGGUCGGGGGUCUCAGUGUUGCUUUCUGGGUAGGAUAUGGCUUAUCCCACUGGAACGGGCAUACAGGAUUUGUCGAGUCUUGGAGACUCUCUGUUGCGCUCCAGUUCAUUCCAGCAGUCAUCUUCAUUACUGGAUUGCCUUUCUGUCUGGAGACUCCCCGCUGGCUCAUCGAGAAAGGUCGCAUUGAAGAGGCUCGGAGAUCCCUCCAAUAUCUUCGAGGUCAAGAUGGCAAUCCUGAGGCCGUGGAGGAUGAACUCCACCAGAUUCAGCAAGACAUUGAGCUCCACCACAGCGAACAGAAGUCACCCUGGACCGUCCUCUUCACAGACCGUGAUCUGUUCGCUCGGCUUUGGCGGGCUGCCCUGCUGCAAUUCAUGGCUCAAAUGUGCGGAUCUACGGCUAUCAAAUACUACCUCCCUACGAACUUCUUGGCGCUGGGCCUUGGAAAGGAGCUGAGCCUGUUGGCAAGCGGCAUCGAGAGUUCUUUGAAGGUUGCAUGCACUAUCAUGGAGAUGAUGAUCAUCGACAAGGCUGGGCGACGCCGUACACUGAUUCUUGGCUCCGUCGUGAUGUCCAUCGCCCUACUACUGAAUGGCGCAUUGCCAGAGGCAUACCCGAACAACACUAACCACGCAUCGGACUAUGCCUGCAUCGUCUUCAUCUUCUUCUUCUCCUUCGGCUACUCCGUCGGCUUCGGCCCCAACGCCUGGGUCUACAGCACCGAGAUCUUCCCCACGCACGUGCGCGCUCUCGGUCUCAACGUCUCUGCCAGCGCAGGCGCCAUCGGCUCCAUCGUCGUAGCUCAGAUCUGGCCCGUCGCGAUCCAGAAUAUUGGCUCGAAAACCUAUUACAUAUUCUUCUCUUUCAAUGCCGCUUCUGUUAUCCUACUAUACGUCUUCUACCCUGAGACCAAAGGCCGCACGCUCGAGAAGAUGGACUCGUUAUUCAGUCGGCUGAGCUCGGACACAGAGCGCAAUCCGGUCGAGCGCGUUGAGAUUGUGGACGAGGUCAAGAAAUGAGCGGCGUCUCUGGCUUCUCUGUCCCUGGCUGUAUUUGGAAUAAUGCAUAUCUGAAAUAUGGUAAGAGAUGAGGAAAGAAAAAAGUUACGUGUAUAGAAUUAAUGAGCAAGGUAUAAUGUCCAGUUAUAAAUUAGUAAUUGCUGCCAGAUUUCCAGGCUCUUCUCCUG